AUGAUAAGAAUUGUAGGCUCUUUGGGGAACUGUUUGGGACCGGAAGUCAAUGAAAUAGUUUCGGCGAUAUUUCACUCAAUUGUCUUCUAUAGGUGUUAUGGAAAGUUUCAUUACAAACACGAGGACUCGUAUUCAAUCGGAACUCUUGGUUACGAAGAGAUUGCCUGUGAUUUCAUAGACUUUACUUAUGUGAGGAUAUCAUCGCCACAACUGAUCCAAACUAUAAACAGAGAGAUAAAAGCAUUUGUCGAUAAAUUAAGACAAGAGAACAGUAGUCACACUAACGGUGCGAUCAGUUUAGAGUUUUAUCAGCGAAGGAAAGGUCGCUGGGCUUUCACUGACGCCUCACCACUCGUUUGGGAGAUCUGGACCGUCAAAGUGAACUGUGAUAAGGAAACCAACGAAAGUCAACAAAAGGGUCGAACAGAAGAGUUAUUACUGGAGAAGUUGGUGACAAUUGUGCAGAUAAUAAACAAUAGUAAACGCUAUUUACCACAAAUGCCCGAUAAACAGAACUCGGACACCAUUUUUGAGACCAAUUAUCCCGACGUUCAGCCCUAUAUAUUCAAGAUAUCGCAUUCUGUGGGUUCGGCGGCCAACCCGCCAAUGAUGGCCACUCAGGGCACGGGUGACAGCAGCUUAAAGAAGUUCAUAAAACAAACACUAGCUCUCGAUUGACCACACAAUCACACAAACAAAAAUUGUCAUUUGUUUUGACAGAAUAUAUAUUAUUGUAUCGGAAAUUUCAAUUAAAAGUCAAUUUAUUAGAAACA